CCUUAACUCUUGCACAUUGUUUAUUCACUUAACCCACUUCAGAAAAUAUAACAUAAUUAAUUCAAUAAAGGACGCAUAUUUUGCUUGGAAAUGGGGAAACUGGCCAGUAGUUGAGUACUCGUUGAAGAUUCGUGUAUUUUGUCCCUCCAGGCUGACCGUAGAUGUUUUUCUUCUGACUUCAGUGUGCUUUUCCUGUCAAGCAUGUGCAGCAGAAUGUGACUUUGCAUGGUAAAUAAAACUAUAUCAACACUACAGACAGUACUAAAACAAUAUUAUUGAAGGUGGAGUACGGGAAUAAAACAUUACACGAGAGCUGGUAGCUGUUAUAAGACUCCUCUAUGGGUUUAAUGAAUGCAGGGCCGCUUGCAGUGAGAGCUGUCAGAUGUUACCUAACUGCCUUUACGACACCCAAAUCAUGGCUGUCGACCAAAGCCUCCCAGCUGGGGGGCAAGAACAUCCUGCUUAUGGGUCCUCCUGGAGCGGGAAAGACCACAGUGGGCAAGAUAGUCGCCCACAGACUGGGACUCCCUGCCAUUGAUGUGGACGACGAUGUCUUGGAGAUGACAUGGAAGAUGCCCGUCGCUGCCAAGCUGGCGUCGAUCGGCGGCGAGCGAUUCCUGGAGGAGGAGGGCCUCGCUUUGUGUAACUUCUCCACUUCAGGGUGUGUCGUCUCCCUCACCGGCUCCAACCCUCUCCACGCUGCAGCGAUGCAGCACGUCAAAGAGUCCGGCCUGGUCGUCUACCUGGACGUGGACAGCGAAGACAUCGUGGACAGACUCGCCGGGAUGAAGGUGAACAGGAUCGUGGGCCAGGAGGCGGGGGUUCCCAUGAGGGACAUUCUCCUUCACAGGAAGCGGUUUUAUGAGAAGUGGGUGGACGUGCGCGUGCUGUGCGGGAAAGGGGAAACGGUGGAGGAAGUCGCUGAGAAGGUAUUGAAAGCGGUGACGAGAUAUCAAAACCACUCUGGAGAAAGCUACAUGUCGACCAGGAGUGAUGGCGGGGAAUCGUCCAAUCAGAGAACGUACUUCAGCGAUGUGGUAAUUGAGGGUUUGGCUACAGAUGGAGGCCUCUAUGUUCCUAAAAAUGGCUUCCCAAAUAUGGAUGCUCGUGAGUGGAGAAGGCUUGUUGACAUGUCGUACCCGGAGCGAGCAUUGAUUUUACUGGAAAAGUGCAUCCACCCCUCGGACGUCUCCGCUUCAGAUCUCAGAGAAAUGAUCUUCAAAGCAUAUGGGUGUAACUUUUCCAGCGAGAAGGUAGCACCUGUGAGACACCUCAUGAAUAAUCAGUACCUUCUGGAGCUUUUUCACGGGCCCACCGCCUCCUUCAAAGACCUCGCCCUGCAGCUCAUGCCGCAGCUCUUCGCCCACUGCCUCCCGCCCGUGUGCAAUCACCUCAUCCUGGUCGCCACAUCUGGAGACACAGGGAGCGCGGUGCUCAGCGGUUUCAGUGGACUCGCCGGCGCCGAGAGACACAGGACAGGGGUGCUUGUGUUUUUCCCAGAAGAAGGUGUGAGCGAGAUCCAGAAGCUUCAGAUGACGAGCUACGGGGAGGGAAACGUCCGAGCGGUCAGCGUCGCCUCGGACUUCGACUUCUGUCAGAGAUCCAUAAAGAGGAUGUUUGGAGAGUCCGGGCUGACGGGGCACCUCGCUGUGGAGUACGGGACCGUCCUCAGCACCGCCAACUCCAUCAACUGGGCACGUCUGCUUCCACAGGUGGUUUAUCAUUGCUCCUCCUACCUGGACCUGUGCAGAGACGGUGUCAUCAAGUUUGGGGAGCCCAUCGAUGUUUGCAUCCCCACGGGUAACUUUGGCAACGCGAUGUCAGCCGUGUACGCCAAGCAAAUGGGUGUCCCGAUAAGAAGAGUAAUCUGCGCAUCCAACCACAACCGCAUCAUCUCAGACUUCAUCACCACAGGAGAGUACGACCUGCGCGGCCGACCUCUCAUUCCCUCCCUCUCCCCAGCUAUAGACAUCCUGAAAUCCUCCAACCUGGAGCGGUUUAUCCACCAAGUGUCACACGGAGAUGGACAUCUCGUGAGAGAGCUGUUCUCUCGUUUAGACGGUCAGCAGCACUUCCAGGUUCCUGAGCCGCUCCUCAGCAGGAUGCAGCAGGAGGUGCAGGCCGGCUGGUGCUCUGAAGACGACUGCCUGGCCGCCGUACGGAGCGUUCACGCACAGACGGGCUACGUCAUGGACACGCACACCGCGGUGGCUAAAGUGGUGGCUGACAGGCUGCAGGACGGCUCGUGCCCCGUGGUGAUCUGCUCCACCGCACACUACGGGAAGUUUGCCCCCGCUGUGUUCAAAGCCUUACAAAUCCAGAAUAUUCCAGAGGAUCCCGUGGAGCAGCUGAGGACGCUGGCAGCGACUGCAACCGGACCAGACAUACACCGAGACAUGAUGAAACAGCUGCUGGAGAGCAGCAGGAGAGGACACACUGUGUGUGAGGCAGAGUACAGUGUGCUGGUAGAAGAGGUGGAGGCCAUGAUACAGGACUCCUUUUUGAAAGUGAUGUAGGACUAUUUCUUCCUUUAACUAAUGAUAUUAAAUAAGAAUAAUUGAAUGCUAUAGACACAAUAAGAAAGGUUUGACUUGCCUGAGUCUGCAGGAAUGAGAGCAAUCAAGCGACAUAUUAACUGUGAUUAUACUUUAAUUUAACUCUAAACUGUUUUAUGAUGCAUUUUAAAGCCUAUUGAUUGUGCAGCAUUUCUUUACAUCGUCAUUCAGAGGCCUCAGGUUUCUGCCUCUUGGCCUCAGCUGUAUGAAAACACCAGUAUUAGCAUAUGGGUAGUACUGGAAUGGGAACUGAUAACUGGCUUGUUCCGGAGUCUGUGAAAACUCGUAAAAGAGUGACAAGAAAUCGAAAUCAGCAGUCAGGGAAAUAAACGUCUUCUCAAAGUUAAUAUACAAUGUUUUGUCUACAUUGUCACGUUUUUAAUGACUUAACUUAUCUCGGCACUGAGAAAAGUUGAGCUGGCCUGAAGCUAGCUGAAGUUCAUUUCAGGUACAGCUAAUACGUUGAUCUCUGUGAGUUUUACCAUCCAUUAAUUACCAGAUGAAGUUCAACCAGCUGCUCCUUUAAGUAUCCACCGUCUCAUGAUCUACCUCACUUAAAGUUAAAAGGUGACUUUUUCCACUAAAGACCACACUACCUCUGUCCUUUGUGUCACUUGUUUCUCAGCUUUAGGAUCGUAUCCUCUUCUUAAGUCCUGUGUACGCUUUAGAAUAUGACUAUUAAACAACCAGUUGGAAGAUACUGUGUGAUCACUUUGUUUUUAUCCAGGACGUUUCUCAACAUUCUCUACUCAUGUUUCCUGCAGAGAUCAUAAAUAAAAAAAAACAUUUUAAGAUA